AGGAUCGCCAUGGCCGAAGGAAGUAAACGCAAUUCUAGUCUACCGGAUGAUGGCCACAGUCACUUUCAAGACAAGAACAGGAGAAGAAAGAGUGUUGCUUCACACAUGGCCCAUCCUCUAACUGGAGAAACGGUGAAAGAAAGACAGCAAAGAAUUAGAGAAAACCGUGAAGCAAGAAGAAAACGCAUCAAAGAAGAGCAUAAGUUUGUCAUGAAUAUGGUCAGCUUCUUUUUGGAUGGGAUAGAGCCGAGCUCCAUGGAAGAAUUUAUCAUUGAUACAGAACAUUCCAUGGAAUUAUUUGAUAGCAUUUUUACACCUGGUGGAAGAAGGUCGCUGAUGUUUUACUUCCAAGAAUGUUAUGAUGAGUCCUCUGAGAUACGUGCCCGUGCAAUACUUCAAACUCCAAAGACAUCGAAGGCAUACACCCUUCAUUUAACAGAUGGUCACGAAGAAGGUCUUACAGGAAUCAUGGUCUAUUGUACCCGCAGUGAUAACAAAAAAGAAGUCAAAAUAAGAACUAUAAGUGAGGAUCUAUCUUUUGGAAUGAUCGAUCUAACUCAGAAAGGAUUGAUGCAGACCAUCAAAAAACACUUGAGCACGAUUUAUGUACCUGCCAUCCAAGCUAUGGAAAGAUGGGGAGACUUAAGUGAAACUCCUCAAGGGGAAAAGACUAGAGAUGAAUUCCUUGAUUCCCUGGAUUCUUUUGUUCAAUUCACAGACAGUGCAACUGCAAGUGCUGAAAUGACAGUCGAGCUCCAACACUGUGAUGUUCCAGACUUAUUUGAAUGUACCACUCAUGCAGCCUUACAAGAAAUCGCUGCUAAUCAAGAAAUGGUUGCCAAGCUGGAAGAACUGGUUGAAUCAUGGUGUAAACAAAUAGAACAGGUUCUGGCGGAAAGUGAACAAAUGCGACGCGAAGCUGACGAUACUGGCCCAAUGGCGGAACUUGAACACUGGAAACUGCGGAUGGCUAGAUUUAAUUCUUUAGUGGAGCAGAUCAAAAGUCGCGAAGGAAGAGCUGUCAUUAAAACAUUGCAGCUUGCAAAGUCCAAGUGUUUAAAAACAUGGAGGGACUUGGACAGCCGUAUAACAGAUGCUGCCAACGAAGCAAAAGACAACGUCAAAUUCUUAUAUACGUUAGAGAAGGCUUGUGAACCGUUGUACCGAGCCAAUCCGUCAGGGAUGAUAGAGUGCAUUGCCGUCCUUAUAAACUCCAUUCAGAUGAUUCAUGCAAUAUCAAGAUACUAUAAUACUCCACAACGUAUGACAGCGCUCUUCAUCAAGGUCACCAACCAGAUGGUACGGGCCUGUAAGAACUACGUCACUGAAAUAGGGCUAACUCGUGUUUGGGAUCAGCCUCGUCAGCCUCUGAUAGAAAAACUCAAAGUGUGCCUCAGACUGAACGAAGCAUACCAGACUUGCUUCCAGAAGACUAAACUCAAGAUUGCUCAAGAUCCAAGUCAAAAACCAUUCGAGUUCUCGGAGAUGUCCAUAUUUGGGAAAUUUGACGCCUUUUGCAGACGAAUACUAAAGAUAAUCGAAGUCUUGAACGCUCUGGAAACGUUCUCUGUGCUGUCCAAGUCUAAAAUCGAAGGGAUAGAGGCGAUGGCUUCAAAGUUUAACCAUAUUUAUUCAGCCUUAAAAAAGAAGCCUUACGACCCAUUGGACCACAGACGCCCAGAUUUUACUGUUGACUUUGCGGAGUUUAAACGCCAGAUGUCAGAACUUGAGAACCAUCUGCAAAGGUUUAUGAAGCUGUCGUUUGCAAAGUUCAAAUCCACGUCCAAUGCUCUGGAUUUACUUAUAAGGUUUGAAAAACUGGGAAUUCCUGGUCUUGAAACUCCAAUUGAAAACACGUACCGUAGUCUACUUUUGAUGUUUGGUAAAGAAUUGGAAAUCGUUAGAAAGAUUUAUGCAGCCAACUGCAAUAAUCCACCCCUUGCGCGAGAUUUACCGCAAAUUGCAGGGAGCAUCAGCUGGUCAAGGCAGCUCAUGAGGCACAUCAGGGACCCUAUGAACGUAUUUGAGGCACACCCUUCUUGUCUUAAAACUAAAGAAGCCAGAGCCAUCAUUAAAAACUUUAACCGCAUGGCAACAAUACUAGUGGAAUUCGAGAUGAUAUACCAUCAAGCUUGGACUAAAGAAGUGGAGAUUGCAAAGAGUGGUUUGCAAGCUUCGUUGCUAGUACGURAUCCAGAAACUGGACAGUUGCUGGUCAACUUUGAUCCUCAACUAGUUAAACUAAUGCGAGAGACCGAAUGCAUGAUGAAGAUGGACCUUGAAAUUCCUGAAAGCGCCAAGCUACUCUUCAUGAACAGAAGUACAUUGAAAAAUAUAGCAGACGAUCUUAAGAUGAUGCUCGAAGAUGUACAAAAAGUUAAAAACAAAAUUCCCAAUAUCUUCCAGCCACUCAUGGCACCACACAUUGAAAAGGUGGAGGCAGCCAUCAGUCCCGGAGUAAUUAUGCUGAAUUGGAAUUCUCUGAAUAUCAAAACGUUCAUCAAAAAUGUAUAUUCAAGACUUCGACAAGUGGAUUUACUAGUCAAACAAGUCAACGAUAUUCGUGAAGCAAGAAUAGAUUCUGUUUUAACGGAAAUGAGUGAAACAACUCUGUGCGAACUUCCAGUAGACGAGCCGUGGACAACAGAUAAUUUCCUAGCAAAGACUCAGAAAAUCUGUGCAAGCAUGGGUAACGUUUUAGACAAACUAAGUUUACGCGUAGAAGACGCUGCUCAUGAAAUUGUAGACAUCUUCAAGGAGUCACUCGCAGAGAUUGGGAUCACCGAACUCGGUGCCAAGCCUAAACCUGUAGACAAAGAAAAAGAGAAGAAAUCUGACAGUCGAGAUGAAAAAGACAAAGAAGCACCCAAAGAGAAGGCCGUCAAACCAACCGACGAGAAAACAUUAGAGGAAGAAAUUGAAGAACUGAUCAUGCACUUUAAUCAUAAGACUUUUGAAGCUUUGUUGAAAGCUACGAGAAAUGCCUUGGAUGGGAUCAAACGACGCGUAUUUUGUACAAGUUCCACAAGGACAUUCUCCAAAGGCGCGUUUUUUGGCAGUUCUGGAAAUAUUCCCACAAGUUAUAUCAAAGGACCUUUUUUCAAGGCAGAAAUCACGUUAGCAAUACCUCAAGUGAUAAUCCAUCCAUCGUUAGAUGACGUACAACAAACUCUCAAUAAAGCUGCGCAAAGCGUGCUAGAAGUUAGCCGAUCAGUGGCUCAGUGGGGUCAGAAGAGGUUCGAGCAUUUUGAGCUCAAGUCGAAAACUGAGAUUAAACAUCAAAUCAGGAAAACAGAACGAGCUACUGAGUCAAAGGAAGAAAUCCCAUCAAUUAAACUAAAAAAUCACUAUAAAAGCGUGUCAGAGCACAAGGAUGUUACCAAACUGUUGAUGGUCAUAACAUCGUCUAUCAGCUCUACAAAGACUGAGGUCUUCAAAUGCUUGGAUCAAUUCAAUCAAUUCCAGCACAUAUGGGAUGGCAAUAAAGAGGUUGUUGUCAAGGAAUUUGCAGCCACAGAUCCUUUAUUAUCAGAAUUCAAAAGCGAGAUAUUAAGAUAUCAGUGUUUAGAACAAGAAAUCCUUAACAUCCCUGCAACAUUUCGUGUUGGUCAUGGUGCAAUUGAACUAUACUCAGAGGCUUUCAAGAUCGCCCUGUCUGUAGAAAUAAAAGCCUGGAAGCUGUUGUUCGGUCAUAGUAUCAAUAACAAAUAUCGUCUGUGUAUGGAUGAGAUUACACAAUUUGUGUCUGACUUUGGAAAGAGACUUAGCAGGCCCAUUAAUGACUUGGAGGAUGUCAGAAGUUCCAUGGCUGCUCUAGAGGAGAUUCGACAGAAUGAAAUACGAAUUGACAUGACACUAGGACCGAUAGAGGAAGCAUACUCCAUGCUCAAUAAGUUUGAAGUUGCAGUCGCACGAGAAGAAGUUGAAAGAGUAGACACCCUUCGUUAUUCCUUUGGAAAACUUCUAUCGCAAGCGAGAGACGUCCAAAGCCACCUGGUUAAAAUCCAGCCUCAGUUUAAGGCAGAUUUGCUUGAUAGCGUGGAAGUUUAUCAGAAGAAUGUUCAUACUUUUACUGAUGAUUACCUUGAGGCAGGUCCGAUGUCCGCUGGGAUCCCCCCUCAAGAGGCCAGUGAUAGACUGAGUGUAUUUCAGAGCCGUUUUGAUGAUUUGUGGCGCAAAUUCGUUACGUACUCUGGCGGUGAGCAGCUAUUUGGCUUAGAAGUCACGGAGUACCCAGAUAUUGUGCGCAUCAAGAAAGAGUUAGGCCUGCUACAAAAACUUUAUGGGCUUUACAACUCUGUUAUUGAUGGAGUCAGUGGUUACUACGAUAUCCUGUGGACUGAAGUGGACAUUGAAAAAAUCAACGGUGAACUAUUAGACUUCCAGAACAGAUGCCGCAAGCUUCCAAAAGCUUUAAAAGAAUGGGACGCCUUCCUGGAAUUGAAGAAAACCAUUGACGAUUUUAGUGAGUGCUGUCCAUUGUUAGAAUUAAUGGCCAACAAAGCCAUGAAAGAACGUCACUGGGAAAGGAUCGCAAACUUAACUGGACACAAGUUUGAUGUGGAAAAUGAGAACUUCCAGCUGCGCAAUAUCAUGGAGGCACCACUUCUGAAGAAUAAGGAGGACAUUGAGGAUAUUUGUAUUUCCGCGGUCAAAGAGAAAGACAUUGAAGCAAAGUUAAACCAAGUCAUAGCAGAAUGGAGCUCGCAAGAAUUUUCUUUCGCUUCGUUCAAAAACCGUGGCGAGCUUCUCCUUAAAGGCGCGGAAACCUCAGAGAUUGUUUCGCUGUUAGAAGAUAGCUUGAUGGUGCUUAGCUCGUUACUGAGCAACAGGUACAAUGCUCCUUUUAAGAAGAACAUCCAACUUUGGGUACAGAAACUAUCUAAUACGUCAGAUAUAAUUGAGAAUUGGAUGGUAGUUCAGAAUCUGUGGGUUUAUUUAGAGGCCGUAUUUGUUGGUGGUGAUAUUGCUAAGCAGCUGCCAAAGGAAGCCAAACGUUUUGCAAGCAUAGACAAAUCAUGGGUGAAGAUAAUGACUCGCGCUCAUGAAACUACGAAUGUUGUACAAUGCUGUGUUGGAGAUGAAACCAUGGGACAGUUAUUGCCACAUUUACUGGAGCAGUUAGAACUAUGUCAGAAAUCGCUUACCGGAUAUUUGGAGAAGAAAAGGCUCGUUUUCCCUCGAUUUUUCUUUGUAUCUGAUCCAGCAUUGCUGGAGAUUCUUGGACAAGCGAGCGAUUCACAUACCAUUCAGGCUCACUUGCUCAAUGUUUUCGACAAUGUUAAGAACGUGGAAUUUCACGAUAAGGAUUACGACAGAAUACUAGCAAUUAUUUCCUCAGAAGGAGAAACCGUUCAGCUCGAAAGUCCUGUGAUGGCCAAAGGGAAUGUAGAAGUAUGGCUGGGCGAUCUAUURAACAUGGCUAUGUCAUCGUUACAUGGAGUUAUCAGAGACGCGUAUCAUGCUAUAAACGAUAGUUCGUUUGCGUUGAUGGCAUUUAUGAAUCAGUAUCCUGCACAGGUUGGGUUGUUAGGUAUUCAAAUGAUUUGGACAAGAGAUGCCGAGGAGGCUCUUAAACACGCUCGCCACGACAAGAAAGUCAUGUCGACCACUAAUCAAAAGUUCUUAAACAUGCUAAACGCUCUAAUUGAUGUUACUACUCAAGAACUCACCAAGAUGGAGAGAACGAAAUUUGAGACGCUUGUUACCAUCCAUGUACAUCAGAGAGAUAUAUUUGAUGAUCUUGUCAAAAUGCAUAUUCGAUCAGUGACGGACUUUGAGUGGUUGAAACAGUCUCGUUUCUAUUUCAAAGAAGACAUUGACGAUUGUAUUGUGUCGAUAACCGACGUGGACUUCAGCUACCAGAACGAGUUCCUUGGCUGUACUGAUAGGCUUGUCAUUACACCACUAACAGAUCGUUGUUACAUCACCCUUGCACAGGCUUUGGGCAUGUCCAUGGGAGGUGCACCCGCUGGUCCGGCAGGAACAGGAAAAACAGAAACAACUAAGGAUAUGGGUAAAGCUCUAGGGAAGUACGUAGUGGUGUUUAACUGCUCAGAUCAAAUGGACUUCCGUGGACUUGGUCGGAUAUACAAAGGUCUUGCACAGUCUGGUAGUUGGGGCUGUUUUGAUGAAUUCAAUCGUAUUGAGUUGCCUGUAUUGUCUGUUGCUGCACAACAAAUCUACAUCGUACUCACUGCCAAGAAGGACAGAAAGAAACAGUUUAUCUUCAGUGAUGGCGAUGUCGUCGACUUAAAUCCAGAAUUCGGAAUCUUUUUAACGAUGAAUCCUGGAUAUGCUGGCCGCCAAGAACUCCCAGAAAACCUUAAGAUUCAGUUCCGUACUGUAGCUAUGAUGGUUCCUGAUAGACAGAUCAUCAUGCGUGUAAAACUUGCAAGUUGUGGUUUCAUUGAGAAUGUCAUCUUGGCUCAGAAGUUCUACACUCUGUACAAACUCUGUGAAGAACAGCUCAGCAAACAGGUACAUUAUGAUUUUGGCUUGCGUAACAUCUUGUCUGUGCUCCGUACUCUGGGAGCUGCUAAACGAGCAAAUCCACAAGACAGCGAAUCGACCACUGUCAUGAGAGUCCUAAGGGAUAUGAACCUAUCGAAAUUGGUCGACGAGGACGAACCUCUGUUUCUUAGUCUCAUUAAUGACUUGUUUCCUGGAAUUGUCCUGGACAAGGCUGGUUACCCUGAACUUGAAGCUUUUAUUCAGAAAAACACCGAGGACGCAGGACUUAUCUUCCAUCCCCCAUGGGUCCUCAAAAUUAUACAGCUGUAUGAAACCCAGCGUGUUCGUCAUGGCAUGAUGGCCCUGGGACCUAGUGGUGCAGGCAAAACUACAUGUAUCAAUACCCUCAUGAAAGCCAUGGGAGAUUGUGGUCAGCCUCAUCGAGAAAUGAGGAUGAACCCUAAGGCUAUUACAGCCCCUCAAAUGUUCGGGAGACUAGACGUUUCAACUAAUGAUUGGACGGAUGGAAUAUUUUCUACACUUUGGAGAAAGACUCUUAAAGCCAAGAAAGGAGAAAACAUCUGGAUUGUCUUGGACGGUCCUGUCGAUGCCAUAUGGAUCGAAAAUCUCAACAGUGUAUUAGACGACAACAAGACAUUAACGUUGGCCAACGGUGAUCGCAUCCCAAUGUCACCACAGUGUAAAAUAGUCUUCGAACCUCAUAACAUUGACAACGCAUCACCGGCUACUGUAUCAAGAAAUGGAAUGGUGUUUAUGAGCUCAUCUGUGAUGGAAUGGCAACCGAUACUCAAGGCGUGGCUGAAUUCUCGAGAACCUCAAGAGCACGACGUGUUUGAGCAGCUGUUUGAGUCAGUGUUUGACGAGUUGGUUACAUAUGUCACUCAGAAUCUCCACAUGAAAAUGGACAUUCUAAACUGUAACAUCAUUAAGCAGUGCAUUGAUCUUCUGGAGGGAUUGAUACCAUCUAAGGAGGAACAUGGCGUCUUAGCUGCUGCUCACYUGUCUAAACUGUUCGURUUUGCCUUGAUGUGGGGAGUCGGUGCGCUACUAGAACUGGAAGAUCGUGCRAAGAUGCAAGACUUCCUUAUAMAGCRUGGGAAACUGGAUCUGCCUGACCUUGGGCAAGAUAGCAAGAAUACCAUCUUUGAGUUUGUUGUUGAUGACAACGGACACUGGGAACACUGGGAUAAUCGAGUACAGGAGUACAUAUAUCCAUCUGACUCAAAGCCUGAAUACUCUUCAAUCCUUGUACCAAACGUUGACAAUGUYAGGACAAGUGUGCUUAUUGAUACCAUUGCCAAACAAAGCAAGGCUGUACUGCUUAUUGGUGAACAAGGUACGGCCAAGACAGUUAUGAUCAAGGGUUAUAUGGCUAAGUAUAACCCYGAACAGCAUGUAGCAAAGAGUUUCAACUUUUCUUCAGCUACAACGCCUUUGCUUUUCCAGCGCACAAUCGAAAGUCUUGUAGACAAACGUGUUGGUACAACGUACGGGCCACCAGCUGGACGUAAAAUGACUACAUUUGUAGAUGACAUCAAUAUGCCAAUUAUCAAUGAAUGGGGCGAUCAGGUAACAAAUGAGAUAGUUCGACAGCUGAUGGAAAUGAAAGGCUUCUACAAUCUCGAAAAACCAGGCGAAUUCACACACAUUGUAGACAUUCAGUUCAUUGCUGCUAUGAUUCAUCCGGGCGGUGGUCGUAACGACAUCCCUGAACGCUUGAAGAGACAGUUUUCUAUCUUCAACUGUACUUUACCUUCUAAUGCAUCUAUUGACAAAAUCUUUGGUGUAAUUGGUUGUGGCUAUUUCUGCCCUGAACGUUUUGGCCAAGGAGUGUGUGACACUGUCUCAGAGCUUGUCAACUGCACAAGACUGCUGUGGCAGAAAACCAAGAUCAAAAUGCUCCCAACCCCUGCCAAGUUCCAUUACAUCUUCAAUUUGCGUGACUUGUCACGUAUUUGGGAAGGAAUGUUGAAUGUAACUGGCGAGGAGGUGGAUAGCCGUAGACUCGUCUUAGGCUUAUGGAAGCACGAAUGUACCCGCGUGAUUGCCGAUCGUUUUACGAAUGAGGCUGAUAGGGCGUGGUUUGAAAAGGCGAUUCAAAAGACACUCCAGGAGUGUCUCGGAGAUGAUGCACUUGACGAUCUGAUAGAAGAGCCUUAUUUUGUUGACUUUUUACGUUUUACGAAUGAGGCUGAUAGGGCGUGGUUUGAAAAGGCGAUUCAAAAGACACUCCAGGAGUGUCUCGGAGAUGAUGCACUUGACGAUCUGAUAGAAGAGCCUUAUUUUGUUGACUUUUUAAGAGAUGCUCCAGAACCAACUGGUGAAGAGCCCGAAGACGCUGACCUCGAUGCACCAAAGAUCUACGAACUGGUUCCAAGUUUUGAUUUCUUAAACGAAAAGCUUAGCACGUAUAUGCAGAUGUAUAACGAGACAGUUCGAGGUGGGCAUCUGGACUUGGUGUUUUUCAAAGAUGCAAUGGUACACUUGGUAAAGAUAUCGCGUAUUAUUCGCACACCAUGUGGCAACGCCCUUCUUGUGGGUGUUGGUGGAUCCGGUAAACAAUCGCUCACGAGACUUGCGUCAUUCAUUGCUGGCUACAAAAUGUUCCAGAUAACUCUGUCAAGAACCUACAAUGUGUCGAACCUCAUGGAUGACCUGAAGAACCUUUACCGUGUAGCUGGCUGUGAUGGUCAAGGAAUAACCUUUAUUUUUACUGACAAUGAGAUUAAGGACGAGGCCUUCUUGGAAUACCUGAACAACGUGCUUUCAUCGGGAGAGGUGUCCAACUUGUUUGCACGUGACGAGCUCGAUGAAAUAACUCAGAAUCUUAUCUCUGUGAUGAAGAAAGAGCUUCCUCGAGUGCCUCCGACGCAAGAUAAUCUCUACGCCUACUUUAUAUCAAGAGCUCGCAAAAACCUACACGUUGUCUUGUGUUUUUCCCCGGUGGGUGAGAAGUUCCGUAAYCGUUCCCUGAAGUUCCCUGGUCUUAUAAGYGGCUGCACGAUGGAUUGGUUCACGCGUUGGCCAAAAGACGCUCUGAUUGCUGUGGCAGAUUACUUCUUGUCCAAGUUUGAUAUCGUCUGCACUGCCGAGACCAAGCGUAACGUGGUACAAAGUAUGGGUGUGUUUCAUGACAUUGUUGCUGAGACUUGCACCGAUUAUUUUGAGAGGUUCCGUCGUCAAACGCAUGUAACACCCAAGUCGUAUUUAUCAUUUAUCGAUGGCUACAAGUCAAUCUACCAAGAAAAUAAAGCCCACAUUGGAGAACUAGCUGACCGCAUGAAGACUGGCUUGGAUAAAUUAGUAGAGGCCAGCGAAUCUGUAGCUGAACUGUCAAAGGAACUYGUAGUCAAAGAAAAAGAAUUGGCUAUUGCUUCAGURAAAGCUGAUAAGGUGUUGGCGGAGGUCACUGUCAGUGCUCAGGCUGCGGAGAAAGUGAAAGCAUCAGUACAAAAAGUGAAAGAUAAGGCGCAGGCAAUCGUAGAUGAGAUUAAUGCUGACAAAGUYGUAGCAGAAGGUAAGCUGUCAGCCGCUAAACCAGCGUUAGAGGAAGCAGAGAUGGCACUACAGACUAUCAAAGCAUCAGACAUUUCCACCGUUCGUAAACUGGCAAAGCCUCCACAUUUGAUCAUGCGCAUUAUGGACUGCGURCUCUUAUUAUUCAGACGCAACUUGUCACAAGUGGUGUACGAUCCAGAACGAAAUUGUGUCACGCCUUGCUGGAGUGAAGCACUCAAGCUUAUGAGUUCAAGUGGCUUCCUUCAAACACUGAUGAACUUCCCCAAAGACACCAUCAACGAAGAAGCUGUUGAACUUCUUCAGCCGUAUUUACAGAUGCCUGACUACAACAUGGAAACAGCCAAGAAGGUUUGCGGUAACGUUGCUGGAUUGUCUUCUUGGACAAUAGCAAUGGCUUUCUUCUACGGUGUUAACAAGGAGGUCCUUCCGCUCAAGGCUAAUUUGAUUGUACAAGAAGCCCGUCAUAAAGUUGCUAUGGGYGACCUUAACAAAGCCCAGGCCCAGCUCGAUGAAAAACAAAAAGAACUGGACCAAGUGCAGGCUAUGUACGACGCUGCUGUMGGCGAAAAGCAGACUUUACUAGAUGACGCAGAAUCUUGUAAGAACAAAAUGGUUGCUGCUUCAGCAYUGAUUGGCGGACUUGGAGGAGAAAAAGUUCGAUGGACUGAACAGAGUAAAGAGUUUCAAGCUCAAAUUGGACGGCUUGUUGGUGACGUGCUACUGGCAACGGGUUUCCUGUCAUACUCGGGUCCGUUCAACCAAACAUUCCGUAACCUKCUGUCAGAACGAUGGCAGAAAGAGAUGUUGGACAACAAGAUUCCAUUCACAAAYAAUCUGAACUUGACAUCGAUGUUGACGGAUGCUGCAACUAUUGGUGACUGGAACCUUCAAGGACUUCCAAGUGACGAGCUGUCCAUACAGAAUGGUAUCAUUGUAACCAAGGCAACUCGCUAUCCWCUGCUGAUUGAUCCACAAACUCAGGGCAAAUCUUGGCUGCUGAACAGAGAAAAAGAAAACGACCUUCAGGUAACCUCAUUGAACCAUAAGUACUUUCGUAAUCACUUGGAAGAYGCCCUUUCUCUUGGCCGUCCGUUGUUAAUCGAGGAUGUUGGCGAGGAGCUUGAUCCAGCGCUUGAUAAUGUUCUGGAAAAGAAUUUUAUUAAAUCUGGCUCGACUUACAAGGUGAAAGUUGGCGAUAAAGAGUGUGAUGUAAUGUCAGGAUUCAGAAUGUACAUCACCACUAAACUUGGAAAUCCUGCUUACACUCCAGAGAUUAGUGCACGUACCGCUAUCAUCGACUUCACAGUCACAAUGAAAGGUCUCGAAGAGCAGCUCCUUGGGCGCGUUAUUAACACUGAGAAGCAGGAACUUGAAGCCGAAAGAGUUAAAUUGAUGGAAGAUGUUACCAGCAACAAGAGAAAAAUGAAAGAAUUAGAAGACAACUUGCUUUUCAGACUUACAAGCACCCAGGGCUCCCUUGUCGAAGAUGAAUCCCUAGUUGCUGUACUGAACAUCACCAAGGAGACGGCAGAGGAAGUGAGUGAGAAGUUAGCCGUCGCAGCCGAGACAGAGACCAAAAUCAAUCUUGCUAGAGAGGAGUUCCGUCCUGUGGCAACUCGUGGCAGUAUCUUGUACUUCUUGAUCGUUGAAAUGAGUAUGGUUAACAUCAUGUAUCAGACGUCUUUACGGCAAUUUCUUGGAGUGUUYGAUUUAUCUAUGGCCAGGUCUGAGAAGUCUCCAAUUCCCAGUAAACGAAUCCAAAACAUCAUCGAGUUCCUUACUUACGAGGUGUUCAAGUAUUCAUGCAGAGGUCUCUAUGAAAACCACAAGUUCCUUUUUACUUUGCUUCUUGCUCUCAAGAUUGAUAUCCAGGGUGGCAAAGUAAAAAAUUCCGAGUUUCAGACUUUUAUUAAAGGUGGAGCCGCUCUGGACCUUAAGGCGUGUCCUCCUAAACCCUUUAAAUGGAUCACUGACAUGACAUGGCUUAAUUUAGUUGAGCUUAGCAGCAAACUACCGCAGUUUUCAGGAAUUCUAGAUCAGGUUCGUCGAAAUGACAGUGGUUGGAGACAGUGGUUUGAUAAAGAUGCACCAGAAGAAAACCCAAUUCCUGAUGGUUACGAGACAUCAUUGGAUACUUUCAGAAAGCUUCUCCUUGUCAGGUCUUGGUGCCCUGAUCGAACUCUACCUCAAGCUCGUAAGUACAUUGCUGAUACAAUGGGUGARCGAUAUGCYGAAGGUGUCAUCUUGAACCUGGAAGCGACGUGGGAAGAGAGUAAYACUCAAACUCCUCUUAUAUGUUUCUUGUCAAUGGGCUCUGACCCCACUGGAUCCAUCGAAUCAUUGGCCAAGAGGAAGGGGAUUGAAUGUCGAGCAGUAUCAAUGGGUCAAGGUCAGGAAGUCCAUGCGAGAAGACUGAUUCAACAAUCCAUUGCCAGUGGUGGAUGGGUUCUACUACAAAACUGCCAUCUCGGGUUAAACUUUAUGGAUGAACUCCUGGAAACUGUCACAACUACUGAAAACUCUCAUGAGUCAUUCCGCGUAUGGAUUACUACUGAGGKUCAUCCCCAGUUUCCCAUCAGCUUGCUACAGUCUUCCAUCAAGUUUACCAACGAACCACCUCAGGGAGUCAAACCAGGUCUGAAGAGAACCUAUGCAGGUAUAACUCAGGAUCAACUUGACAUAACUAACAUGGUACAGUGGAAACCUAUGUUGUAUGCUGUGGCAUUCCUUCACACUGUCGUACAGGAACGCCGUAAAUUUGGACCCCUUGGAUGGAACAUACCAUACGAAUUCAACCAAGCAGACUUCACAGCCAGUGUUCAGUUCAUUCAAAACCAUCUUGAUGACGUCGAUCCAAAAAAGGGUCUGUCGUGGAACACAAUUCGAUACAUGCUGGGCGAGGUUCAGUAUGGAGGCAGAGUAACCGACGAUUACGACAAGAGAUUGCUCAAUACAUUUGCUAAAGUGUGGUUUGGAGACCAUAUGUUUGCCGAAAGUUUUAACUUCUAUACUGGAUAUGCUAUUCCUAAAUGCAAAACCCUGGAUCAGUUCAUGGAGUUCAUCCAACAUCUACCAUCCUCUGAUACACCUCAAGUAUUCGGACUGCAUUCCAAUGCGGACAUAACGUAUCAAAGUAAUACAACAAAAGAGGUUCUUGACACCAUCAUGAGCAUCCAACCAAAGGACAGUGGAGGCGGUGCUGGAGAGACAAGAGAAAGUAUUGUGAGUCGUUUGGCUAAAGAUAUGCUCGAGAAGCUUCCAGAUGAUUAUGUCCCACAUGAGGUCCGCGCUCGUUUACAAAAGAUGGGUGCCCUGGCGUCCAUGAACAUCUUCUUACGUCAAGAAAUUGAUCGCAUGCAGAGAGUGAUCACUUUGGUUCGACAUACCUUGACCGAUCUGCAGCUUGCUAUCGAGGGUACAAUUAUCAUGAGUGAGAACCUUCGCGAUGCACUGGACAAUAUGUAUGAUGCUAGAGUACCAGCRCUGUGGAGAAAGAUCUCUUGGGAGUCAUCUACUCUUGGCUUUUGGUUCACUGAGCUGAUAGAGCGCAACAGUCAGUUCUCAUCUUGGCUUUUCCAAGGCCGACCAAGCACUUUCUGGAUGACAGGCUUCUUUAAUCCACAAGGUUUCCUGACUGCGAUGAGACAAGAAGUGACUCGUGCCCACAAGGGCUGGGCACURGACUCCGUGGUAUUGCAUAAUGAUGUCAUCAAGCAAAUGAAGGAAGAUAUUACAUCACCUCCAACGGAGGGUGUGUACAUCUAUGGUCUAUAUCUUGAUGGUGCUAGCUGGGACCGUCGUGGCUGCAAGCUCACCGAAUCCCAACCCAAGGUUUUGUUCACGCUUUUGCCAGUAGUUCAYGUUUACGCCGUCAAUUCUACAGCACCCAAGGACCCCCGUCUAUAUCAAUGCCCUGUCUACAAGAAACCACAGCGUACAGAUCUWACAUACAUUACCCCAUUAUGGCUUAAGACCGUACAAAGUCCUGAUCAUUGGAUCAUGAGAGGUGUGGCCUUGUUGUGCGACAUUAAAUAAGUCUUUUUGUUGAAAAUGGAAUCUUUAAUUUAUUGGAUUUAUUUCGAUUUUUAUCUUUCUACUCUAUUUUUGACUGUAACGCAAGAUUCAAACUUUCCUGCAAAGUGAAAUAAAAAGUAAGGAUACAUUAUAUCCAACGC